AUGGCACAGGGCACUGUUGUCCAGCUGCCCAUGGCAUGGGACACGCGUGUCCAACCGAAUUCCGGGCUACGUGGUGAGUACAUCUGGUUCAUCCCAAAUUCAGUCACGUCACAAAAUGUCACCGUCCCCAUCACAGCCGGCCACUCUGCCCCUUCGCAAGACCCUUUGCUUCCUGACACUAACCAUGAGAAUUUCCUAGACCCUGCUCACGACUCCUUUGUGGGAGCCCUGGAGCCAAUGGUUCCUGGCCCACAAUUCGGGUUGACUGAGCGCUUGGAGGCACCGUCCACCUCGUUUUUGGAUUUCCCUGGGGUCAUGGCUCCAAUGGAAGGCGGUGGGGUUGGGCAGGUACCUGAGACUCCGUCUCCAGGUACCUCCAGCACUCCCUCCUUCGACGAGGAAGUCUCGCUCUGGUGCCCGGCUCUAAUGGAAGGAGCUGUGGGUGAACAGGUACCUGAGACUCCGUCUCCAGGUACCUCCAGCACUUCCACCAGAGAGAAGAAGUGCUCGUCUUGCCGCAAGUGGGCACCAGAGCGAGACUUCCUCGCCCGAGGAGGGAGACUCGCCGCCACAUGCAAUCGUUGCCGGGCAAACAAGCGGCAGUACCACAAGGGGAAGCCUAACCCGGGUGGCACUCCCCCCACCACCCAACGGUGCACGGCGUGUCAUGAAGAAGCUCCCAUCGGGGACUUCGACGCGACGGCCACGUGCUCGCGGAAAUGCAGCCGCUGCCGUGGGGAGGGUCGUCCCGUGGCUCCUACUCUGGAGAGAAGCUCACGUCCGCCGAGUAAAUGCUCGCGAAUGCCAACGGUACCGGGCAAGACUCGAUGCUCCGGGUGCGGUAAGGCUCAGGACGACAGGCUUUUCUUCAAUUAUGAGUAUGACCCUCCCCGCAAGCGCAACACAUGUGUUCCUUGCCGUCAACGGAAGCGCGAGGCAGACCUAAGAAAGAGGGAGAGUCGUGAGGCGGUGGAGUAG